AUGUACACUGCUGCUGUGGAGCUCAAAACGCUAUGUGAGUUGUUCGGCGUACCUCCGUCGACGAUGAGCAGAACGCUGUGCCAAGCGGAGGUGGCUCUAGCAGCUUCGCUGCGCGAGAUACCCCUGGUUGCCGUUCAGUGGCCGUCUAGCCAAUUGCAAGCUACGUGGGCAAGCCAAGUGACGAAGCGAGAAGGACUGCUGAAGGGCUGCUUCUGCGUGACCGACGGGAAGAACUACGCGGUACAAGCUCCAACGAACAGUGACGUCCAAAACGCAUACUACAACGGUUGGCUACACAGCGUCAAGGUAACUGGUGUUUUAUGCUAUGGCUUCGACGGCACCUUGAUCUGGGGAAAACAUAAUUUCCCUGGGUCUUGGAACGACGGCGAGAUGAGUCGCCAAUUACAGCGGCGACUUGCCGAUCCCAGCAAAACAAUUGAAGGCGGGUGCUGUGCAUCCGAUUCAGCGUUUCCUGUUAGUGACACGUGCAGGAAAAGGAUCGUAACCCCUCUGAAAGACGGAGAUCUGGAGCGAGCUAGCCCCGAAUGCAGGGCCGGUUUACUCGCCAUGAGUGUCGCGAUCACUUCAGUCAGACAGGCGGCGGAAUGGGGAAUGGGCUGUGCUCCUAAGUAUUUUCGCCGCUUGCAGCUACCACUUCCGUUCGAUCCUGACAAGCGCGCGAGGUUGUUGUGGAAUAUCUACCACUUGUACAACCUACGUGUGAGAACGACGGAUAUUAGCCAAAUACGAACGGUAUUUGCAUAG